AUGAUUAGUAUUGAGAAUAAUCAUAGGAUUGAGAAAUCACCAUCAGAUGAUAGGUUGUAUAGACAUUUGGUGUUGGAGAAUGAGAUGAGUAUUAUGUUGGUACAGGACGAAAAGACAUCACAUGCAGCUGCCACCAUGAAUGUCAGUGUUGGUUCUUCAUCAGAUCCGGACAACAUGCUUGGAAUGGCACACUUCCUCGAACACAUGCUAUUCCUAGGCACCGAAACUUAUCCAAUAGAGGGCGAGUAUCGAUCAUUCAUACAAUCACAUGGUGGCAAGUGUAAUGCCUUCACAGGAUUUCACGAGACAAAUUAUUGCUUCUUUGUUAAUCCUGAUCAGUUGGAACCAUCCCUGGACAGAUUGUCAAGUUUCUUUAAAUGUCCAUUGUUGUCGGCUGAGGCAUCAUUGAGAGAGAUCAAUGCGAUACACUCAGAGUAUGUGUUGAGAGCUCAAUCAGAAGCCAAUCGUCGUGCCACUGCAAUCAAACAUUGUUUCACUGGUCAUCCAAUUGGUCGAUUCGGAGAUGGCAACCUCAAUACAUUGAAGCCCGAGGAAGGACUGCAUGAGAGGAUGGUGCAGUUCUAUCAUGACAACUACUCUUCCAACAUCAUGUGUCUAUGCAUCGUUGGUCGGGAGCCACUUGAUGUCCUAGAGUCAUGGGCCAGGACACACUUUGCCCAAGUCAAGAACAACAAUGUGGAGAGAUACAAGACACCGCCUCUAGUACUGCCUCAUCCAACACGUCUAUACACCGCGCCAUCCAACCCUCAUACCCAUGACCUGCAGUUCAUCUGGCCAAUGCCACCUCAUCUAACAUACACCAAUACGAUCAGAAGUGGAUCAUGUGGACAUGUGGUCAACUUGCUUGGACACGAGGCAAGAGGCACUGUGUUGGCAUUGCUCAGACAGUUGGACUAUGCAAGUGAGUUGGAUGCUAGCAAUGUACAAUAUGAUGACAAUGCACAGAUACUUGUAUUGAGUGUCCGGCUGACCGAGCUUGGCCUGUCCAAGACUGAUGAGAUCAUUGGCUUGGUAUUCCAGUACAUUGGAAUGCUUUACGAUCAGCACAUACCCGACCACAUUAUCAAUGAGCGAGUGUCUAUCUCAAAGAAUCAAUGGACCACGCUGGAGAAGGGAUCAUCUCUCGACUAUUCCAUGUCCAUCGCACAGAACUUGUUCUAUCGCUCAGAGACCGAGUUCGUACUGAAACGAAGCUACAUGAAUGAGUAUGUGGACAUGGAUGCGAUCAAGUCAAUCCUGGGCAACUGUACCAUGGACAACUUGUUACUGGUGUUCGCGUCAAAGACAUUGGAGUCCAAGUUGGAUCAGGUGAACGAGGACUACGACUUCAAGUUUGCCACUGAUUGUAUAACAUCAAUGGAGAUGGAUAGGUGGAAGGCCGUUCCCAAGAACAGCCAGCUCUCAUUCCCAAAGGAGAAUCCAUACCUCAGCACCGAUCAUUCAAUCAAGUGUGAUCAAACAAUGGAUAAGUUGUUGCCACAGCCUGUCUACGAUCAUGAUGGAAUCACAGUGGAGUACCUCCCGGACACAAUGUUUGGAUCUCCAUCAGCACACCUGUUUAUCAAGCUCCAUGGCAAUGCAUUCGAACAUCAAUUGACCAUUGACAAUCUGAUCAAGAUGAGUAUGUUGUGUAAAUGUGUCGAGUCAUAUUUGAAAGAGGACAUACUAUACUAUGCUAGAUUGGCCGGUAUAGUGAGCCAACUCAACAUGGCCAUUGAUUGCAUUCAGAUGAUAUUCGAUGGACACAGCGAGAAGUUGAUGAUCAUCGCCCAGCAGGUCAUCCAGCAUCUUUCAUCAUUCAACAUCUCACCCGUGCAGUUUGAGCAGGUACGCGAGAUACUUGGGUCGGUGAUCAAGAGUCGAUCCUACACAUCACCGCUCAGACAGGCAGAGGAAGAGGAGAUCCAGUAUCUCAGCAAUAUCUCCGCCACUGUUGAUGAGAAGUUGGAGGCACUGGCCGCACUCAACAUCACAUCAUUCAACAUCUUUGUUCAAAAUCUCUUCAACAAGAGUGAUUACCGAUGUCUGAUCGUUGGCAACUUGACCAAGAAUGACGCCAUUGCAUUUGGAUCUCAACUAUCCGAGUACAUCCCAUCUCGACAUCUCAGGGUACACGACACAGACAUAGACACCAUGGCCAUGGUCAAGUCACAUUGUAUAGAAUUGUCACCUGGCUCUCAAACAUUGCUUCGCAAGCCAUUCAACAAUGACAAGGAUGCUGGUGCACUGUGUGGAGUGAGUGUGUCACUUGGAGACAUGAGGGAUAUACCAAACAUGGCAAUGAGCAGAGUGAUCUUGGCCAUAUUCAAUAUAGUUGCAUUCAGUCAGUUGAGGACCAGAGAGCAACUGGGUUAUGUGGUACAAGUCACUCGUAGCAAUGUACACGAUACAUCAUUCCACAGUGUAAUCAUUCAAUCAACUAAUCGUAAUCCAGAUUUCUUGUACAAACGUAUUGUACAAUACAUCAAUCAAGACUUUGUACAAGUGUUGGAAGAGUUGACUCCAGAGACAUUCAAGUCCUAUAUCCACACAGUCCAAGAGAACCUCCAAACCAAGUUUAUGAACAUUGGUAGUAUGGCAUUAUUCUACUGG